AUGAACAAAGUUAUUGUAGAUUCUUCAGUCGUUGUAGGUGUCAUCAUUGCUAGAGAUGCUAAUGUUGAAGUCACUUUAGGGAGUUGUUAUUGUUUAGGUGUGCUUGUAGGUUUCGUUGCUUGGAGUGCACCACGUCGUUAUGUUACUAAAGUCUUUGUUGGUUGUUCUUUGGCAUUGUCAUUUCUGGUAUUGUGUGUUGUUGACUUUGUGCCUUGA